AUGCCUUGCCCUCCAAAAGCGCUCCCAGUGGAGCGGAGCGUCAUUGCUGAAUACUACGCUUUUCAACAAAGUCGAAGAGAAAUGCUCUGGGCCAUGAUUAAAGAAUCAUUGAAGUCGACAGGAAAUUUCUGGGAGGACGUUUCAGAAUCGAUUCUUUCGCCGCAUAUCACCAGUUUCUCAAUCCUGUCACUUCUGUCUGCGAAUCGUUGGAAAUCAGUACCAGGGUCUUGGAAAACCACUAUCUUGACAUUUGCAAGCAGCAUCGCCUCCCUACGUCGUGCCGAACGACUAUUAAAUUGCUACGAUCGAGACGAUAUUGAUGGAUUUUUCAAAGAAUCAGAAAAUGUCAGUCAAGAAGGAUGGAAUGCUCAUGAUUACCCUGAUUGGCUACUUUUCGAGAUUGAAAGCAACCUCACCAUCCGCGAAUCACAGACACAAGUGGCUCUGAACAUUAUCAGACCAGAAAGCUCAGCAAAUGCGGUUAUGCAAUUAAACAUGGGUGAAGGAAAAACUUCUGUGAUAACUCCGAUGACUGCAUUGACGCUCGCGGAUACCAGUUGUUUGCUUCGGUUGUUCGUCUUGAAGCCUCUUCUGAAACAAAGCGUGAAUCUUCUAGCUCAACGCCUUGGCGGGAUGCUAGAUCGGCAUAUCUAUCACAUUCCCUUUGCAAGAGACACGCCUUUGGAUGAACCAAUGAUUGACCAGUUGCGCCAGAUAUAUCUGGAAUGUCAAAGAACAAGAGGUGUUCUAGUAGUUUUGCCGGAGCAAGUCCUGUCAUUUCGCCUGGUGGGUUUGGACUUGAUGGAAGGAAAUCCGAGACUAGCCCAUCAAGCGAUAAAUUUGGAAAGGUGGCUGCAAACCAACUCCCGGAACGUUAUCGAUGAGAGCGAUGAAGUUCUUGACCCCAAAUUUCAACUCGUCUAUACAGUUGGCAGCCAGCAGACAGUCGACGGACAGAGUGAUCGAUGGGAGAUCACACAGGCUUUGCUUGCGUUGGUUGCUAGUGAAGCCGAGAAAUUAAGCUUGCAGCAUCCAGAUUGCUUGAAUGUUGAACGCAACGGAACUCGUUAUCCAAUCUUCCAUUUUCUGCAACCAGAAGCGCCUGACAAAAUAAUUGCGAAUGUGCUGGAUAUAAUCAGUGAAGAAGGUCUCCCGGGCCUUCCAAUUCAACAGUGGGCUCGACGAGUUCGAAAAAGUGCGCUUGACUUCAUCCGCUUCAUUGAUACUACAAGGGGGUGUAGAAAUGUCAUCCAGGAGAACUUCCAGGGAGGCGUUUUGCUCCGCAAACUACUAGUCUUGCGUGGUCUGUUCGCUCAUAAUAUCUUGAAGUUUUCGCUGGCUAGUAAGCGCUGGCUGGUCGAUUAUGGCCUACAUUCCUCCCGUUGUCUAAUGGCUGUCCCAUUCCGGGCUAAAGGCAUUCCUUCCGAGAACGCUGAGUUCGGCCACCCCGAUGUCGCCAUCACAUUGACUUGCCUGAGCUACUAUUACCAGGGUCUCACUACUGAGCAAGUACGACAUUGCUUCGCCUUGUUGGGAAAGGAGAAUGACCCUUCAGUACUGUAUCAGUCCUGGAUCUCCAAAGACAUGAGCUGUCUCCCCCCAGCGCUGAGAGUUAUUAGCGGAGUGAACCUGGAAGACGCACAAAUUUUCUGCGGUGUCCUCUACCCUCACGUGCAAUACCAAAAAGGCAUAAUCGACUAUUAUCUUUCCCAUGUCGUGUUCCCGAAAGAGGCCAAGGAAUUUCCGCGGAAGCUUUGCGCAUCCGCCUGGGACAUCCCUUCCCGCGAAAAUCAACCACUUACGACUGGGUUCAGUGGGACGAAUGACAACCGCCUGCUUCUCCCUAGCUCUAUACCUCAACGUGACCUCCCUCAUCUUCAGCUCACAAAUGCGAUGGUGCUACGUUGCCUAUUACAAAAAGAAAACCGCGCGUGUGUUUUAGCACAGGACGAGAACGGCUGUCAACUUUCUACCACCCACUUGAUUGAUUUGAUCAGGAGUCAGGAUCCUCCAGUAAACGUCAUCAUAGAUGUUGGAGCUCAAAUCCUGGAGUCAAGUAAUCAAUGGGUUGCCAACCACUGGCUCUCGCGGUCCACGGCCGACGAUGCUGAAGCUGCCAUCUUCUUCGAUGAAGAUGAUGAAGCCGCAGUAAUUGAUCGAGAAGGUCACGUUGAGAGACUUUUGUGCUCAUCAUUUCGCCAAAGAAUGCAUAGGUGCCUGGUCUUUCUGGACCAGCAACACGCGCGUGGUGUUGAUCUGAAACUUCCAUCAACAUAUCGAGCCGCCGUGACGACGGGCCCUCGUUUGACAAAAGAUAGACUUGUACAAGCGUGUAGCAGAAUGCGCGGCCUUGGAGUUGGCCAAUCUGUACUAUUUUUCAUUCCCCCCGAAGUCAGACAUGGCAUGAGAGUAAACUUUGGAUUAUUGGACUCCUUCUCCGUCAUCCAAUGGACACUCACGCAAACAUGCGAUACUUUGGGAAGUCUGGGGCCUCUUUGGGCCUCGCAAGGCUUGCAACAUUACAAGAGGGACAGGUUAUGGAACAUGCUUACCGAAGGCAGUACAUCUGCUCAAGAUGUCGUGGCACGAAUCGAGGAGGCUGAGGCGCAAACAUUGUCUGAGCUUUACGAUCCUUCUCAGAUGCCCGGAACGUCUACUUUGGAUGAGUACAUAGAUCCAAGCGAUCCCAAAGUACGCGAGCUUCUCGUGGAGUCGUUUGCUAGCGUCGGGAUCGCAGGCGGCCCGUCACUGCACGAAGAACAGGAACGCCAGAUCACUCAUGAAGUAGAGAGAGAAACGCAAAUUUAUCGACCCCCCAAACAAAAGCCCCUCUCUCAUCAUGUGCAUGAAGAUAUUCGAUACUUUGUGAAGUAUGGCCAAUUUCCAGACAACGGGAUAUGUGCAGCCAGUCUGGCAUUCGACGGUCUUCGCAAGACCUCUGUCGGACAGUUUGAUAUUCCACCAUCCCUAGGUGCUCGGCUUUAUGCUUCAGAAGAUUUUGUGAAAACUGUUAAGCGAGCCAAGGCCACAGUGGAUGACCAAUUCUUGAAGCCUGUUCACUGGGUCUUAUCUAAUUCUCACAAUGAUGACUUGCUAAUAUUGAGCCAACAUGAGGCCAAUGAGCUCCUUCCUGACAUUCGAGUCUCACCAACGACAAAAUUGCACGUGUACUCCCCAAAGACAACCAAAACCAUGUGUUCUUUCGACAACCUAGCUUUUCUCACCGCCGGCGAAGCUCGCACCGUUCGGUCUUGGUCUCGCGAGAUAAUCCAAGGCUUAUCGCUAUUUUCCGGAAGCCUUUAUUUCGAAGAUUUCUCGGCUUAUGAAUACUUCCGGAACUUCCUAGGUCUGGUAACAGGCGUUUGUCGUGAUAUUCCGGAAGGGCGAGUCUCUAACGAGGGGUUUGUUGAUGAGGAAACGCGACGGCUGAUUGGGUGGCCCACGCUUUCGCCAUUUGAACGCAAUCCCUUGCCAUUCCUACGCACACUACUCAAUCUCAGAAGUAAAGGGCAUGGGAUUUCCCAGACCCAUGUCGGCAUGGUUCUGGAUGUCCGUGCGCUGACGGCCGAUCACUUCUAG